AUGGCAGAACUUUUUAUGGAAUGUGAAGAAGAAGAGUUGGAACCCUGGCAGAAGAAAGUAAAAGAGGUUGAGGAUGAUGAUGAUGAUGAACCGAUCUUUGUUGGAGAAAUAUCAAGUUCAAAACCAGCAAUUUCAAAUAUUUUGAAUAGAGUAAACCCUAGCUCAUACUCAAGAGGAAUAAAGAAUGGCGCACUCAGUCGAGGUAUUACUGCUGCAUUCAAGCCUACAAGUCAACACUGCACGAACCCAAUAUCAAAUCCAGUGGCUGCCUCACCAGUAAAUUUUCAUCCUGAAUCUAGAUCUUCAGAUAAUUCUGUUAUUGUUCAGCGUUUGUCUAAACAUGGUUACGUAACAAACUCAUCAAGAGUUGCAUCUAAUAAUUCUACAGAGUUGCUGUUUGACUUGACCCAGGAUACAGGAUUAUCACAUUACCAAGGGGGACCGACACUUGCUAUAACAGGUGUGAAUGAAAGUUCGUUAUUACCAAAACGUCCUUGUUCUUCUGAAGUAAUCAGUGUUAAUCCAAAAAAGUCUAAACCCAGUGAAUGUGUUUCUGGAGCAGAUUCCUUAGCUGUAUUUCCUUCAGCUAAGUCUCUUUCAGUGACAUCUCCCCAGGCUAUGUCAUCACAAGGUACAAGUAACUCAACAACUCAAUCUAAAAAUGGAACACCUUUUCCAAGAGCUUGUCCAAAGUGCAAUAUUCAUUUCAAUCUUUUGGAUCCUUUGAAAAAUCACAUGAAGUACUGUUGUCCAGACAUGAUAAAUAACUUUUUGGGACUGCCUAAAACUGACUUUUCAAGUACAGCAGAUAAAGAUAACACUAUUGAUUCAGAGAAAGGAAAAUUGAUCAUGUUAGUUAAUGACUUUUAUUAUGGAAAACAUGAAGGAGAUGUCCAAGAUGAACAGAAGACUCACACAACCUUUAAAUGCUUCAGUUGUUUGAAAAUUCUUAAAAAUAAUAUUAGGUUUAUGAACCACAUGAAACACCAUUUGGAACUUGAGAAGCAGAGCAGUGAAAGCUGGGAAAACCACACCACCUGCCAGCACUGCUACCGUCAGUUUCCCACACCAUUUCAACUGCAAUGUCACAUUGAAAGUACACACACCCCCCAUGAAUUUUCUACCAUUUGCAAAAUCUGUGAAUUAUCAUUUGAAACAGAGCAUAUUCUUUUACAACAUAUGAAGGACAAUCAUAAACCCGGUGAAAUGCCAUAUAUUUGCCAGGUUUGCAAUUAUAGAUCGUCAUCAUUUUCUGAUGUAGAAACUCAUUUUAGAUCAUCCCAUGAAAACACUAAGAACUUGCUAUGCCCAUUUUGCCUCAAAGUUAUUAAAAUUGCCACACCCUAUAUGCAUCAUUAUAUGAAGCAUCAGAAAAAAGGAAUACAUCGUUGUACAAAAUGCAGACUGCAAUUUUUGACCUGCAAAGAGAAAAUGGAUCACAAGACUCAGCAUCAUCGAACAUUUAUAAAACCUAAAGAGCUAGAAGGGCUACCUCCUGGAACAAAAGUUACUAUUCGAGCUUCAGUUGGACCUCUUCAAUCAGGAUCUUCAACUGUACCUUCCAUUAGUACAAAUACUAUCCUUCAGGCCUCACCUCCAAGAACAAAAUGUGUAACUGCUAAAAAUUCCACAAAAUCUAACACAAGUAAACUUACUACAACUAAACCUAAUGCAAGUAAACCUACUACAAGUAAGCCUAAUGGAAGUAAAUCUAAAUUCAAAUCAAAAGUCUCUACUAUGCAAAAAAAACAAAGCACUUUGGCUAGUAGCAACAGAAAAAGUAAAGUCAAUACAGCAUUGAGGAACUUAAGGUAUCGUCUAGGAAUUCACCGGUGCAUUGAGUGUUGUUCCGAAAUAAAAGAUUUUUCAAAUCACUUUCCUACAUAUGUCCACUGUAGUUUUUGCAGAUACAACACUAGCUGUAGCAAAGCCUAUGUGAAUCAUAUGAUGAGCUUUCACAGUAACCGCCCAAGUAAAAGAUUUUGUAUUUUUAAGAAGCUUUCAGGAAAUCUCAGGGACAUUACUGUGGUGUGCCUUGAUUGUGAUUUCCUAGCUGAUUUUUCUGGCUUAGAUAAUAUGGCUGUACACUUGAGUAAGCAGGAAACUCAUACUUGCCAAGUUGUAGGAAAAGUUUCUGCUCGUAUCCCAACUUCUGAACAUCUUUCUAAAUUAAAAAAUGAAGCUCCCAUUAAGGAACAAAAACCUGUGUCUGAGAAAAUUGUAAGACCUAAUAUGGCUGAAGGAGAAACAGAAACAUCAAAUUCUGAAAGUAAACAUGACAAAGCUGCUUCAGAGGAAAAAAGUGGAUGUGAUGCAAAUGCAUGUGAAGGCUCAUCAGCAACAAAAAAUGAAGAAAGCAUAAUAGUUCCAGAUAAGGAAAACGGUACCUGUCUUGAAGACAAGGAAACUGGCUCAAAGAAUAUCUUCAGUUAUGUUUCAAAUACUGGUAAAGAUAAAGUGGAAAAGGAAAAACAAAUAGAACACAUAGAUCAGGAAACAGAGUUGAAGAUGUGCCAAAGUUCAGGAAACAUAAUUUUAUGUGAUCAGAUUAAAGAUGAAAGCUCCAAUGUAACUAGGUUUUCUUCAAAGAAUAUUAAGGAUUUGCGGUUAGCAUCUGGUGAUGUGAGCAUUGAUCAAUUUUUGAGAAAAAGAGAUGAACCUGAAUCUGUUAGUUCUGAUGUUAGUGAGCAAGGCAGUAUUCAUCUGGAACCUUUGACUCCGUCAGAGGUACUUGAGUAUGAAGCCACAGAAAUUCUUCAGAAAGGUAAUGGUGAUCCUUCAGCCAAGACUGAUGAAGUAGUGUCUGAUCAAAAAGAUGAUGUUCCUGGAGAAAAUAGCCCUAGCACAACAGAGACAACAGUAGACCUGGCAGAUGAAAAGGAAAGAAGUUGA